AUGAGUCUUAAACUGAACGGUAAUCGCGAAGUCGUUGGACUUCUUCGUGGAUUUGAUGCUUUUAUGAACAUGGUGAUUGAAGAAUGCCAGGAGGUGACUAAGUCGGGUCAGCAGAUCAAUAUCGACACCAUUGUAGUUCGAGGUAACAGUGUAAAUAUUGUGGAAGUUCUGGAGCGCUUUUAA